AUCUCUUGCAUUUCUUCGUACCCUUCAAAGCUUAAAAAGCUUUAAUUUAAGCAAAUUUCUUUUCCUUUCUGUGUUUUCUGUGAGUUUAACAUUUUACAUUCAUCUUUUUAAAGUAUGUAUCUUUGCAAGAAUUCCACCAUUUGAAAAGUUUAACUUUUUAACCUUUUCUAGAGGCCUCUCUUUAGUUUUUCAAAUUUGGUGAUGAGAAAUUAAUUUCUAUAAAAACAAAGAUUUUAGCAUAAAUUAGUGACGUGACUCUGAAUAAAGAAAAUUUCCUUUAAAAACAAAAAAUUAUUCAUAUAUUAUUUACUAGAUAGCUGUCCAAAUGUUUUCAUAUUAAACACUGAAAACGAUGGGACUGCUUAAUUUUGAACUUUGUUUUGGAUUGUUUUGUUGUCUCUUGUUAAAAUAUCUCUUCUGCCAAUGACUUGCGGAUCUUGAUGACAACAAUUUUCUUCCUGCAAGAGGAAUUGAUUCCAUUGCCAUGGAUAUGAAGGCAAAGCAAUUGACAGUGAUCGGAACAGUUGAUCCUGUAAACGUGGUAAGCAAAUUACGCAAGUACUGGCCAACGGACAUAGUGUCAGUAGGGCCAGCUAAAGAGCCAGAGAAGAAGGAGGAGCCAAAGAAGGAAGAACCCAAGAAAGAGGAGGAACAAAAGAAAGAAGAGCCCAAGAAGGAAGAGGAGCAGAAGAAAGAAGAGCCUAAGAAGGAAGAACCAAAAAAAGAAGAACCCAAGAAAGAGGAAGAGAAGAAAGAAGAGGAGAAAAAGCCACAGCCACCGCCAGACCCCGUUUUGGAGCUUGUCAAGGCCUACAGAGCAUAUAAUCCUCACAUGACCUCUUAUUACUAUGUUCAAAGCAUGGAAGAGAAUCCAAAUGCUUGUGUUAUUUGUUGACUAGGCAUUGGUAAAAAUGGUGAGGGAUUUCUCAAAUUGGUGAUGGAUUUGAAUGUCAUCGAUGAGAAUAGGAGGUAAACCAAAGAAGCGAACUCCUUUGUAUAUAGAUGGUGACGCCUCGUUAAUCCUUUUUUUCAUGUAUAAGUAAUGUGAUGUGUAGGGACUAGACUGAAUAAAUGAAAAUUUGGAAUUUGUUUUGAACCCAUCAA